CCGAUACGGGGAAGAUGUACGCGAUGAAGUGUCUCGAUAAGAAGAGGAUAAAAAUGAAGCAAGGCGAAACGCUAGCGCUGAACGAGAGGAUAAUGUUAUCCUUGGUGAGCACCGGUCAAGACUGUCCCUUUAUAGUAUGUAUGACGUAUGCCUUCCACACGCCCGACAAACUCUGCUUUAUCCUGGACCUGAUGAACGGCGGCGAUCUGCACUACCACCUCUCGCAGCACGGCGUCUUCAACGAGACAGAGAUGAAGUUCUAUGCUGCCGAGGUCAUAUUAGGUUUAGAACAUAUGCAUAGGAGAUAUAUUGUAUAUAGGGAUUUAAAACCUGCAAAUAUACUAUUAGACGAACACGGUCAUGUUCGGAUAUCGGACUUAGGAUUAGCCUGUGAUUUUCUAAAAAGAAACCCCAUGCUAGCGUGUAAGUAUUCAUACUAUAAAUUACUUUUUUCAACAUUGACGAAAACCGAUAAAACAGCUGACACUACUAGAGCGUAG